CAUCUGGAAUUUUUGUAUCAAAAAAAAAAAUGGCCGAUAAUGAAAAAUCAAAUCAUCGAUUCAAUGAUGAUGAACGUCGACGACAAAAAGAAAUGAUUAAAGCUCUUGAAACGCCUGAACAAAAACGUCAAAGACGAUUAGCAAAAAAAGAGGAAAAAGAACGUCGCCGUAAACGUUUAAUGGGCUGGGAUGAUGAAUAUAUGGGCUAUACGAAUGAAGAUAAUCCAUUCGGUGAUUCAAAUCUACAUGAAACUUUUGUUUGGAAAAAGAAAUAUGAAAAAAUGGGCAUGAAACGUAUCGAUGAACAAGAGAUUGAUGCAGUGAAUAAAGAGAAAAUGAUAAAAAAUCGUCAAGAAUUGGAAAAGGUGAAAAAACGUCGUCUAGAACGUGAACAUGAACGUGAAUUACGAAUGGAAGAAUUAUCCAAACAACAACGAGACAAAGAAGCCGAACAAUUUAAAGAAUGGGCAAAACAAGAAGAUUAUUUUCAUUUAAAACAGGCUCGUUUACGUUCAAAACUUCGAAUCAAAGAAGGUCGUGCUAAACCAAUCGAUAUUCUUGCACAAUAUAUCAAUGUGUUCGGUGAGAAUCAAACAAUGGAACAAAAAUCUGAACUGGAAAGAAUUGCCGAUGAAGAAGCAAGUAGUGAUUCAAGCCGUAUGCGGCUACAACAACAACGACGUGAUGAAGAAGAAGAAGAUUUACAGGAUAAGAUUCGAUAUCUAUCAACAUAUCUUGCUGAACCAUAUAAUACAUUGAAUGGAUUAAGAAUUCGUGAAAUGGAAGAUCUAGUGGAAGAUAUAAAAAUCUAUCUAGAACUAGAUAGUGGUUCCAAAGUGAAUGCCGAAUAUUGGAAAGAUUUACAAAUUAUUGUCGAUGAUGAAUUGACCAAAUUGAAAUUAGCGAAUAUGGAUCAACAGGAACGAAGACGUGAAGGUAUCAAUCCAUCGGUAUCGGCUGAUAUUGCUCGCAUUUUGAAAGGAAAAUCACCACAACAAUUGAAAACAUUACAAAUACAAAUUGAAAAGAAAAUUGCAUCACGUGAAGAAGGUAUCGAUAUUGGUUAUUGGGAAACACUUUUAUCACGACUAAAAGCACAGAUUGCAAGAGCUCGUCUACGUGAAUUUCAUGAUGAAAAUCUCAAGAAACGAAAAUCACUUAUUGCUCAACAUCAAAAAGAUAUUAAACAUUUACAGCCAUUGCCAUUGGAUUCAAUGGAUAUGAUUGAAACGAAUCAAGAAGAUGAAAUGAUGAUACCAUCAACGUCAACGUCGUCGACAGCUGCAGCAACGACCACAUCAACGAUGAAUCGUAAUGAAAAAGAUGAAAUGGAAUUCUUAUCGAAAGCUGAACUACGACAAAAAUGUAUUCAAGAUUAUGAAUCCGGUGGUUAUAGCCCGAGAAAAUUCCCAUUGAUUGAUAUAAAUUCCGAUUUUAUACUGAUGUCUGCCGAAGAUUUUGAACAUGAUCUUCAAGAAAAACGUACGGAAACAUUACGAAAAUUAGCCGCAUUUCCUAUACCAUUGGUAGCGUUUGAUGGUAAACAAAAAUCCAAUAUCACGCUGCCACCACAAGCUAUGACAAAUUAUGACCAUAAUGAUCGUAAAUUAACAAAAGCUGAAGAAUCAUUUGUUCGUGAAGCACGUAAAGGUAUGGGUGAUGAUGAAGCUAUAUUUUCAGUGGAAGAAGAACCAAUUACAUCAUCGAAUUCGAUUGUGGCAACAAAUCAACAUCAUCAAUUAUUGAUGAAAGAAAAAUAUAGUUGGGCUGAAAAAUAUCGUCCACGAAAACCACGUUAUUUUAAUCGUGUACAUACCGGAUUUGAAUGGAAUAAAUAUAAUCAAACACAUUAUGAUGUGGACAAUCCACCGCCAAAAGUUGUACAAGGUUAUAAAUUCAACAUUUUCUAUCCAGAUUUGAUUGAUAAAUCCACAACACCGUCAUAUAAAAUUAUUACUUGUAAAGAUAAUCCAGAAUUUGCUUAUAUUCGUUUUACGGCCGGUCCACCAUAUGAAGAUAUUUGUUUUAAAAUUGUCAACAGAGAAUGGAAUUAUUCAUAUAAAAGUGGUUUUCGUUGUCAAUUUCAGAAUAAUAUUCUACAAUUAUGGUUCCAUUUUAAACGUUAUCGUUAUCGACGAUAAUGGUUUUUUUUCGUAUAUUAAUUUUUAUUAAUUAAAAAAAAAUCCAUACAAUUCAUACAAUUAAAAAUCACAACAUUUUGAACAUAUGAAUGAUAUACAUACAAUUAAAAAUCACAACAUUUUGAACAUAUGAAUGAUAUAUAUAAUAAAUUAAUUUUCAUGCAGAUUCAUUCA